AUGCACUGCCGCACUGAUGCAUUUUACAUAGUGUUGUUGGUUAGCUUAAUAGCCCACUUGCCGGUCAAUGGGGCAACGGGAAAAGUGAGAGACGUAGAAGUAGGUGAAACGAAUCUAAAUGCAGUAACUUGGCAAAGCGCCGCUGCAGAUCCACAAUGGCAUGUUCAUUUCAAACCAAGCAAUAUGACGGCACAUAUGGAUACCAAUGUUGAAAUUCAGGUUGAAAUAACAAAUAUAAAUGCGGCAAAUUUAAAUGACAUUAUGUUUCGAUUUCACAGCGAAAACAGUGAUUUGGCACAAGUUAAUGACAUUGUACGGGGAUUACAAUUUGAUCCUAUCACCCAGAAAUGGCAAGGAAAUAUAACAAUACAGGUUAUAUUUUUGGGAUUUACACGAAUACAUGUACACAUGAUCAAUGAACGGGAGAAUAUUACCGAAAUUAGUAAGGAAUCAUUUCCAUUGAUAAUAAUACGUAAACAACGUGUCAUAGAUCACGUAUUUACGGGAUCAGUUGCAUUGUUGGUAUCACUUUUGUACAUUAAUUUUGGUGCUGCCCUGGAUGUGACGGUCUUAAAGGGAUUAAUUGUAAAACCUGUGGGUCCCUCAAUUGGUUUUUUCUCCCAGUUUGUGCUAAUGCCGCUGAUUAGUUAUGCUGUUGGCUAUUUCGUUUUUUCGGAAAGUGUUGAAAUGCAGCUGGGCCUAUUCUUCACCGGUGUUUCACCCAGUGGUGGUGCUUCGAACAUUUGGUCUGUAAUCUUAGGUGGCAAUAUUAAUUUAUCCGUUCUAAUGACGACCGUUAGUAAUAUUGCCGCCUUUGGUAUGAUGCCUUUGUGGAUUUUUACACUGGGCCAUUUGAUAUUUGAACGUGGCAAUAUGGCUAUACCAUAUAAAAAUAUAGCAACAUUUGCUAUAGCCUUAAUUGUACCACUGGCCAUUGGUUUGGCCAUACAAAAAUGUUCACAGCGUUUGACACGGAUUUUAGUGCGCUUUCUUAAACCGAUAUCAACGUGCCUGAUAUUGUUUAUAAUCAUAUUUGCAAUUGUAACGAAUUUAUAUAUGUUUAAAUUGUUUUCAUGGAAGAUAAUUUUAGCCGGUUUAUUAUUGCCCUGGUUGGGUUACAUGUUUGCCUGGAUCUUGGCCAAGAUAUUGAGACAAAAUCCGGCUGAUGCUCUAACCAUUGCCAUUGAAACUGGUAUACAAAAUACGGGCAUUUCUAUAUUUCUGUUACGAAGUCUGCCACAACCACAAGCCGAUCUAACAACAGUUAUACCCGUGGCAGUGGCAAUAAUGACACCAUUUCCCUUGAUGGCAUUAUAUUUGUAUAACAAAUGUACGGGCAACAAUAUCAAGGAUGGUAACUAUUUAACAUCGGAAAACAUUUCAGAAUAUAGGCAUCAACAACAGCAUGAACAACUACAACAACCGCAUCAACAAUGA